AUGGCAUCCACCGAACCCACCCCCGACCCUGUCACUGAGGCCAGCGCACAGGCUGCCGCAACCAAGGAGCAGCCGCGCGAGUCGGCAAAGGAGGCCGCGCAGAAGGCCGGUGAGGAUGCAAAGAACGAGCCCAAUGGUGCCGAUGAAGGCGAGGGUGAGGAGAAGGAGGGCGAUGAGGAUGACGAGGACGAGGAGGACGACGAGGACUUCGUCGAGAACCCCGAAGAUCAAGACAUCGAAUAUGAGCACGCCUUUUGCAUAUGGGUUACUGAGCGCACCUCCCCUCCUCAUUAUGCUUCCUUCAGCGAGAAUGAGGACGAUGACGAAGAGGGCGAUGAAGAAGAGGAUGACGGAGAGGACGAUGAAGAGGAAGAUGAAGAAGACGAAGGCGAAGACGAAGGCAAAGGCGAGAGUGCAGGCAUCAAGCGGAAAGCAGACGAUGAGGGUGACAACGAAGACGCGCGCAAAGCCACAAAGGCGGACGACUGA